GAGCCCGAGUCCGGGUUCCUAAGCUUUCCGUGGCAGAGGGUGCGAGGUCCGGGCCUGGCAGAUGGGAACCGUGAGUGGGGAGGACCGCGGGGCGGGCAGCGCGCAUCCGUGGGAACUCGGUAGGUUGCGGACUAGCUGGUAAAUUGUCCUCAUUUCCCCUGACGUUAGUUUAAUGGCCUCCUCUGACAUUAAAAAUACAAGGAAUAGGGUUGAAAGACCCUGCUCUACCUCUCUCCCCUCCUCCUUUACUUAACUUUUUAAAUUAAUUUUGAGCCUUAACAUUACAGCGCACUAAGUACAAUAUAGUAUCCUGAAUUGGAUCCUAAAACAGAAAAAGGACAUUAGUAGAAAAACUGAGGAAAUUAUAAUAAAGCCUGUGGUUUAGUUCAUGUUAACUUCUUAAUUUUGAUAAAUAUAUCCUAAUAAAUAUUAACAGAGUAAUCUGGGUAAAGGGUAUACAGGAGCUCUCUGUAUGAUCUUUAUAACUUAUUGUAAAUCUAAAAUUAUUUUAACAGAAAGAGUUAAAAAACAAAAUCCUAUUGCACUGUGCGGCAGGCCAGUCGUUUUUCACCAGGCAGGAGUCCAGUUAGUUCCUCUUUGUCAGGUCUGACAGGAACUUGAUGUCUGUUUGACCAACUUGUUUGCUAAGGCAAGAGUUAUCAGGCUUGAGGGUGUGGAUGCUUCUAGUACAAGUUUUCUGGGCAGGAAACUGUUUUCUUUGUCAAAUCCGCCCAUCAGAUAUCUUUGGAACACUUGUUUUGCACAAGUAAAUGAGACACGUACACUCCCUGCACUAAGGGAGUGUACAAUAAAAACAUUAGAUAGGAUGUAAGGACUAUUGAAAGGUACAAUACAGAGCUAGGAGGGCUCAGAGGCAGGAUAAAUCACAUCUGUCAAAGGGUAGUCCAGAAGGCUACUGAGGGAGUGGCUGUCAUGAAGUGAGGGGGCACCUAAGAGGAGAAAGCAUUCCUGGGGUGGAGAAUGGCAUCAGCUGAGGCUUGAAGGUGACCAGACUGAGGAGGCCUGGGAGUGAGUGCAGUCCCUCUUACGUGGAAGCAGAGAGCAUGACGAGGGAGCACUGAUAGUUGAAACACGGAGUGAAAAUAGGAUUCUUGUUGUAGAAAAAAGGACGAUACUUACUUUAUUACAUAUGCCAUGGGAGCCAUGGAAUGUUUUAGGGCAAGAGAUGGACAUCAUUGGAUCUGUGUUUGGCAACAAUGUGUAGGAUAGCUUGGAGUAGAUCAGUUAUGGAACUAUUGGUUUAGUCCAGGAGAAGUAAUAAGAAAUUCAGCCAGGGCUGUGAAGUUACUGUGUGAAGGACAUUUUGUAGAUCUAGAGGAUUUGACAACUGAAGGCACCAAAGAGAAGAAAGAAGUAAAACACAAACAAACAAAAAACCAAUUCCAGAGUUUUGGGCCUGGGUGUUUUAGAGCAUGGAUGAUGUAUUUGCAGAAAUAAAGGACACAGGAGGAGACCUGCUGGGUGGGAGGGUGAGGAGGGUAAUGAAUUUGUUUUUGAACAAGCUUGUUUGAAUUGCGGGCAGGAUAUCCAGCUGGAGAUGUGUAUUUAAGAGUAGAAGCCAAACAUGUACAGAAGAAACAAGAAGAGGAAAUGGAGCCUGAGCAGGCAGAUAUGAGAGAAUCGGAGAUUCUCUGAGGGGCUGAGGAACCAAGGAGGACCAGGGACCCGGGUUGAAUCCAUGGUGAAUCAGUAGUCACAGCUUCUGCAGAGGUGGAGUUGGCUGAGAAACAAGCCUAGGUCUUGGAUUUAGUUUUUAGGAAGUCACUGGUCACUUUUCAAAGAGUUGUUUUAGUGUAAAAGUAGGAAGAUUGUCUGCCCACAGUCUAUAAUGUGGUCAUCCUGUGUUCUUUCCCAAGUGGCCAGAUCACUGAACGAGGAGCCAGGGAUACGGUUUCUAGUUCUGGCUCUGCCACUAUAAUUUUGGGCAAAUCAUGUAUGUCUGGACUGGCAUAGGAAAAUACACCCCUUAAGAAAACCAGAAGGGCCCUUUUUUAUUACUAGCAACACCUCACAGUUCAUAGAACUAGAGUUCUGUGGGGCACACUUUGGAAAAUGCUGAUAUAGAAUCGAGAUUUUAGAGCUCUAAAGAACCAAGAAAUCUUAUCCAGUCCCUUCAUUUGAUAAAUGAAGAAACUAAUACUCAAAUUCUAAUUUAAUAAACAUUAAUUUCAAAUAUAUCAAAUAUAUUCAAAUAUAUUAAUGGUACCUAAAUAUAAAGUAGUUAUGCUUAAAGCCAUUUUGGAGAUUCGAAAAUAGGCUCCAAGAAGUUAAAUGACUUGCCCAGGAUCACAGAGUAGCAAAUGGUAGAGUGAAAUUUGAACCCAAACCUCCUGAGGGGAGGCCUUCUCCAUCACACAUCCUGCUGCCUUCCUGGGUGUCAACACUGAAUUCAUUUACAACUAGUCAAAUGAAUAUUAGUUAACUUCAAAUAUCGUCCCUUCCUUAGAAGUAAUGUGUUCCAAAAGUCAAGUUUAAUUUGACUGCAUUACAUAUUAAUAUUACUAUUAGUUAAAAAAAAAAGUGGGAAGGUACACAGCUAACAGUUCUCAAAGUUACAUUUUAAAAAGCAGUAAAGCAUUGGACCAUGUGAAAGCUUAUUAUGAUAUGCAACUCUGAAUAGCAGGAAGACACACUCGUGACACCUGAAUAUAUGUGUUGCAUUAAAAAAUAUUGUUAGCUAAUCCUGCAAUUGCUUAUUCUUUCCUCUUAUUGCUUUUUUCCUUUGCGUUGACCAAAUUCCAUUUCCUUCACCUCUGGCUGCCUAACCAUGACCACAUCUUCCUUAACAGAGAUGUGAAGUUGCAUUAUAAACAGGAUUCAGCUGCACGAGGGGUAAAACAUAGCCUCUUAUAUAAUAAAUAAUUUACUAUCUAACCUGACAAAAAUAGAUAAACUUACUUAUUUAGGAAAUAAACUUGUGAAAGAACCAAAAUGAUUUCAUAAAAAUUUGGGGUAAAAAAUGGGUCCAAUAAACUGUGUUGAGUGUUGUUAAAACUAGCUAUUUUAAACUUUUACUUUCCAUUCUAUUUGGUGUCAUAAAUAAUAGAAACUGGGUUUACUCUGAUGUUAAUCUCAUUGAAAUUCUCCAAAUGACAGGAAGCAGUGGCUGAGAGUAUAACAGUGACAUUGACAUCAAGGGGCCGGGUUCAGAAUUUGGCUCUUAUUAGCUAUGUUACUUCACCUGUCUGUGCUUCAGUUUAAUUGUCCAUACUUAAGUAGUGAUAGUGUUGUCUUACAAAGUGUUGUGAAGAGUAAAUAGAAUAAUCUAAGUAAAGCACUUAAAAUAGUGCCUUGCACACAGAAAGCAAGCAGCAUGUACUAGCAGCAUGUCACUAAAAAAAAAAUUAUUGCUGAUUUAAAGCAUCCAGUGUAAUAAUUUUCUUAUCUAGGGGGGUACAAAUGAUUAACACACUUCUCAUCUUGCCCCCUAAUCCAGUUAAAGGUCCCUUAAUUUUUUCUGUUUUAAACAAUUUUUAAUAUAGUAUUGAGUAAUAAUUAUAUAUGAUAAAAUGCACUAUCGUAAGCAUAGUUGGAUUAGUUUUAACAAACCAUCAUUUUAGUCAAGAUAUAAGACUUUUCCGUCACCCCAAAAAAGUUCCUUCAUGCCCUUCGAAGUCCAUCCACCUUCCCACCUCAGGCAACCAUCGAUCUGCCGCCUACCAUGUAUAUUAGUUUUGCCAGGAUUUCAUACAAUAGGUGGUUCUUCUGUUUGCAUAACAUCUGUAAGUUUCAUCCACAUUGUUGCAAAUAUCAGAAAUUCAUCACUUAUUGCUGUACAUAUUCUAUUGUAUGGAUGUAUUAGAAUUUGUUUUCUCGCUGAUGGUUCCUUUGGGUGUUUCCAGUUUAGGACUAAUUCUAAUAAUGCUAUGAACAUUCAUUCACGCAUCGCUCUAUGAAUAUGUCUUCAUUUCUCUUGGGUAACCUGUUUUUCCUUAUGGUAAAGACGGCACCUGGCUGAUGAGCAGCGUGGUGAGGCCACCGAGUGAGGCAGAGGCACAGACCUGGGACUCAGAGGAUGAUGACAUGGCAGAAGGCGAUUUAGGGUAUGGCCUUGGAAGAAGGCCCGGCGGUAUUUAUGAAGUACAAGUUUCACAUUUAUUUACAUCUAGAAAAAGGUCAGAUGACAGGAACUUUAGCCCUCCCCCAUUUCCAGGAAAGGGGGAAGAAAGAAGUGGUGCCAUUUUUCAGUACUCCAGACAUAAGAGCUUGCAAGAUACGUACCCUGAAGGGUCCAGAAUUCUCCAUCACAGACGACAAAGUAACUCUGAUUCUAAUUCCGAAUUGUCAAAUGUAGAAUUAAAGCAGCGUCUUGAUGAAACAUUAGAGGAGGUAGAAAUUUUAAAAACUGAACUUGAGGCAUCUCAAAGACAACUUGAAGGCAAAGAGGAAGCACUGAAAAUUCUUCAAAGCAUGGCAAUAUUUGGCAAAGCCACAAGUCAUACCCAGGCAGUUCUUCAAAAAACUGUGGAACAAAAGAGAUCCUUGGAGAAGGAAAUAAAUGCCUUGCAGUGGGAAAUAGAAUUUGAUCAUAAUAGAUUUAAAAAUAUAGAAGAAUCUUGGACCCAAAAAUAUGACAGGCUAAACUGUGAAAAUGCAGUCCUCAAAGAAACUUUGAAACUAAAAACAGAAGAAAUUAAAAUGCUGAAGUCUGAAAAUGCAAGUUUGAAUCAACAGUAUUUGGAGGUGCUUGCUAUGCUUGAUAUCAAACAGCAGAAGAUGGUUCAGGAAAAUGUACGCCAAGACAAAAGUGGCUUUACAGAGGUUUCAGGUCUUGAGCUUGCAGUCCUUGGAGCCUGCCUUUGUCAUGGUCCCAGAGGGAGCCCCUGUUCCUGUGCCAAAAUGGCGGCAUCUGCUCGGAAAAUGCUUCUUCAGCUCAAACAAGAGCUGCAACUUUUGCAGAAGAGUAAAGAAGAAGCCUACAUAAUGGCAGAUGCAUUCAGAAUUGCAUUUGAGCAACAACUGAUGAGGAAAAAUGACCAAGCACUAAAAUUGACACAAAUGGAUAAACUAUGUAAAAAAGAAACAAAAUGGAUAAAUUGGAAGCACCUUAAAGAGGAUGGAUUACUAUCACAAAGGACUAAGAAGACCUUAGGGCAGAAACUGUUGAGUAUGUUUCCUUCAGAAAACAGUUUUAAGAGGACUGAAGACCAAGCUAAUCCUCAGGAAGUCUUUAAGAUGCUGAUAGAUUUGUUGAAUGAUAAAGAAGAAGCUUUGGCUCAUCAAAGGAAAGUUAGUUACAUGCUUGCUCGGGCAUUGGAAGACAAAGACUCAGGCUCAAAAGAGAAUAAAGAAAAAAAUCCCUCGAAAAACAAUUUUCUAUUAAAAAAUCCCUGGCAGAAAACUUCAAAAUUCUCUGAUCUGCACGAUCCUGCACAUUCAAGUGUUAAUUCUGUGGGCUGCAUUUGUUCAAUCCAUCACCUUCAUACAGAUCAAAACUACACAAGAACUCUGAAAAGAUCCCAUUCUUUGCCAUCAAAUAUCAUGUUUUGAAGACAAACCAGUUGAAAUUUGAACUGAGAGCUGUUUAUAUCGAGACUUUGAAAAAGGAUUGUGUAAACAUUGCUACAUCUUCAGAAGUUGUAUGUUUUCUGGGUCUUUCUAAAUUUUAGGAGACAGCUAAAAUACUCAAAUGUUUUCUAUAAGAAAUUUAUUACUAUUCUGUGUUGAUAUAUUUUAUUUAUAAAUUACGUUAGUAUAUUUUAUGAAAUUUUCAGUAUUUACCAACAUCUUAAAAACAAAAAAAGUGUUUUUUGAGAAAAACAAUUAUUUAAUUAUUUAGAUUGACUAUAGGAACCUCUGGCUCAGGCAACAAUAUAAUGUAAAUUAAUGCCCUAAGAAACAACAAUGCCUAGGAGUGACUGAAUGUUAAUUUUGAAAUACAUUUAUUUUGUUUUUAUUUUUAUAUUGUGUUUUUAGGAUUUUUCAUUUGUCAUAUAAAAUUUAAAAAUAAUUUCCUUAACCUUAAUAAAAAGUUAUUCUGCUGGGACUUUGGCAUAAAUAUAUUCAAAGUCAUAGCUAGUUAUUGCAUAGCUUCUUUCUUUUGUUGGGAGUAGUGACAUUUUGUAGCCAUAUCUACACAGAAUUCUAGUACUCAAACCAGCAGGGCAAUGGAAUAGGAUAAAAACCAUACACAGAUCUAAUAUAUAUAAUAAUUUCAUAAAAAAAUAAAAGGAAAAGGAUCUGGGGUUACCUAACAAUACCAAAAUUGGAAGUGCAAAAAAAAAAAAAAAAAA